CUCUGUCGAAACCAACUCGCAACCUAUUUCAAACAAAAUUAGAUUCCUUCCGCCAAGGCCUUCCUCUGAUUUAUCUGUCGUUCUACUUGCUGCCUUGAAAUCUGCAGUCUUUUUCUCUCUCUUUCCGUCAAUCAUGGCACAGGAAGAGGAGAAAUCUGACAUUCAGAAAACUGGAGACGAAAGCGAACAGAUUGAUGAGGCCAUAGAGCUUGUUCUCUUUCAAGUGUCUGAAUGUUACGUAUAUAUAAUUCCCCCCAGGAAGAGCGCAGCUUCUUACAGGGCCGAUGAAUGGGAUGUGAACAAAUGGGCAUGGGAAGGGACAUUGAAAGUCGUUAGCAAGGGAGAACUAUGCAUUAUAAAACUUGAAGAUAGGAAAACAGGUGAACUAUAUGCUCGGGCAUUUUUAAGAAAUGGAGAGCCACAUCCUGUGGAGCCUGUCAUUGACAGCAGCAGGUAUUUUGUUCUUCGCAUAGAAGAGAACAUAGGUGGCCGUCUCCGGCAUGCCUUCAUUGGUAUAGGAUUCCGAGAAAGAACAGAGGCUUAUGACUUUCAAGCUGCCUUGCAUGACCAUAUGAAAUAUCUAAACAAGAAGAAAGAAGCAGAAGAGAUGGAACAACAUUUCCAGCAAACUUCCUCAGUUGAUUACAGUUUAAAAGAAGGAGAGACUCUCAAACUGCAAAUUAAGACGAAUAAAAGUGGCCACAAUAUAAAAUCCAAGUUGCUCGAGCAGGGUCAGAGCAGCACCUCAGAAGAAAAAUUUGAUACAAAAGAAUCUAAACCACUUAGCAUUAAGUUACCACCCCCACCACCCCCAGCAUCUCCUACUGCUGCCUUACAGAAGUCUCCAACAAAUUUCAGCCCUGAGAAAGCUCCCAGAGAUGAGCCGCGUAAAGUAGACAAAGAAGACCAAGAACAUAUGAGCGUUCCAGAAAAUCAGAGCAAGCAGGAUAUACCGGAUGAUGAUUUUGGCGACUUUCAAACAGCUGGUUAACCUUGUUGACCACACUAACAUGUCUGUGUUCCAGCACUUAUACGUUUAUCUCGUACGUUUCGAAUCUUUGAUGGUUACAAGGAAUGUGUAAAAUUGAGGGAUUGUUUUGUGGUACAUAACACAAAGUAUGAUUGUGCUCUGCUCAGAUAUUGAAUACGCGUAUCUUUUCUCCCGUAUUCUUCUAGAGCAAACAAAGUUUCCAAGAAUCCAUCCAUAUACUUAUUUGGAAAUGGAAGGGUCGAAUUGAUCGUUUAGUAUGGUUUUGUUGCGUCGUUCCCAUGAAUUGUUGAAGAUAAACAAAGGCACAAGGAAACAGAAAGCUAGACGAGAAGACAAACUGUGGAAGCGGACGGCAAUAUGCUUUGUGGUAGCCGUACGUCAAAGCUAUCUACGUUGCGGCUUACCGGUGCUCGUUAUCCAACUUGGUGGAUGUUGGAUAACCCAAUCCAGGAGACUUGAUAAAGAGACUGGGGAUUACAAUUAAUAAAUAUUUUUAUAUAUUUAUUUUAUUAUAAAUCAUUCAUAUAUUUAUUUGUUCAUUGAAGAUGAUAGAAGGACAAGAACUUGCAAGAAUAUGUGUAUCCAUUUCAUGGGGCGUGGCUUUUCCCCAUAAUUCA